UUUAGCUUGAGGGAAAAAAGUGGACAAAGACGAACUUUCACAUAGAUAAUUGGAAAAUUUACACUAUUUUUUUUUGCUCAAGAUUGGGCAAUUUGGACACACUCCCCUGUCCUUUACCCAAAGAACGGAAAAUCUAUAGUCUUUUUUGCUCCUAUGUCUUCGUACUACUCGUCUGAGCGACUUAAGGCUUCCCAUUCAACUCUCAAAACUGAGCCGAGUGAGACGAGAUGUACUACCUACCAACUUUUUUUAUGCCGAGGGAAUGAAUGAAUAAUAUUUAUGACAGGAAUGAAUGAAUGAAAGUUCCCACUCUCUUUGCCGGUGUAUAUUUUUAAUUCUGAAGCUGAACAUUCUGAAUAAAAAUGUCCAACAUACUUAGAAAUAUUUGUAAUAUAUCCAGAAACAUACACUUUUAUAAAAGUAAUAAUGGCAAAAAUAUGUUUUUUAAUACAGUAAGAUGUAGGGUAAAUGUAGUUAACAUCAGAAGUCACAAGAUCCAGGGGAAGAAGGAACCCGUAGAAAUAAUAAAAUGGAUUUUGUUGAUGAUACCAGUAAGUUCCUUUGGGCUGGGUUCAUGGCAAGUGUACAGGCUGCAGUGGAAAUUGCAGCUAAUUGACAUGAUGCAGGCAAAGUCGAAUGCUACACCUGUAGAUAUUCCUAAAGAUUUUACAGAACUUGAUAAAAUGGAGUACAUGCCGGUAAAAGUAAAAGGAGAGUUUAUUCAUGAGAAAGAAAUUCUCAUUGGUCCUAGAGCUUUGAUUGAAGAACAAUCGCCUACGGCCAGAGUUGGUUCACUUGUUUCAGACCCCAAGAAAAAUCAAGGAUGGCUGGUAGUCACACCUUUUAAAUUGGCCGAUUCUGGUGAAGUGAUCCUCAUUAAUCGUGGUUGGGUUCAUCAAAGUAUGAAGCCAAAAGAGAAACGGCAACCGUCCAUGAUUACAGGGCCAGUGGAACUCGUGGGUGUGGUACGACUUACUGAGAAGAGAGCACCAUUCAUGCCCAAGAAUCACCCAGAAAAAGAUUCUUGGUUUUACAGGGACCUGGAGGAAAUGAGUGAGCACAUCGGAUGUACCCCUGUUUGGUUGGAUGCUAAAGGUAUAAUGGACCCCCCACAAGGCUGGCCUCUUCCCAAUCAGACAAGAGUGACUCUUCGAAAUGAGCAUCUGUCGUACAUAAUCACCUGGUAUAGUUUAUCAGCAUUUACAGGAGUUAUGUGGCACCGUUAUUUUUUGAGAAAACUGCCACUUUUAUAGAGUAAUAUAAUGCAAUAAGUUUUCAUUAUAUUUAUUUACGCAAUGUUAUAUUUACUGUAAAUAUUUUGCAUUAUUAGAGCAAUAGUUUGUGAGUUAAUUUAGAGACAAUUAGUUGUUUAAGGAUUUUACGUUAUAUAAAUAUCUUAAAACAAAA